CUGAGUGCAUCGGUGAAAGAUGCACUGAAAAUAUCGACUGGUGGGGAAAAAAAACGGUUUACGUCUCGUUCUGGUUCUCUGAGAAUCCCGGACUGUUUUUUACUAUAAGAUGGAAGAUGAUGUGUUUUAUAAGGAGUUACCGAAGGUGGAGCUCCAUGCUCACCUGAACGGAUCAGUGAGCGUCCAGAGCAUAGAGAAGCUGAUCCAGAGGAAACCAGAGCUCAACAUUCAGCAGAGCAUGACGGCCAUCGGCAAAGGUCAGCGGAGGACACUGGAUGAAUGUUUUGAGGUCUUUAAAGUAAUCCACAAACUGGUGGACUCACAGGAGGACAUCUUGAUGGUGGCGACAGAUGUUAUCAACGAGUUUGCAGCUGAUAAUGUCAAAUAUCUUGAGCUCAGAAGCACUCCGAGGGCAGAGAAAGACACAGGAUUAACGAAAAAGAAUUACGUGGAAGCCGUCAUUAAGGCCAUUCAGCAGUGUAAAGAGGAGGGAGUGGACAUAGACGUCAGGUUUUUGGUGGCCAUCGACCGGAGAAAUGGGACUGAAGUCGCCAUGGAGACGGUGAAGCUGGCCGAGGAGUUCAUGCUGUCGUCUGGAGGCUUGGUGGUGGGAAUCGACCUCAGCGGAGAUCCGACGGUGGGCCGAGGCAGGGAUCUUCUUCCAGCUUUGGAAAAAGCCAGAAACUCUGGACUGAAGUUGUCUUUGCACAUGUCGGAAGUUCCCUCCCAGCGGGAAGAAUCUGAGUUGCUGCUGAAUCUUCCCCCCGACCGGAUCGGCCACGGAACAUUCCUGCAUCCUGAAAUGGGCGGUUCUCAGUCGCUGGUGGACCGAGUGGUGGAUCGUAACAUCCCUCUGGGUAAACCACCAAGAUCCAGAGUACAGAGAGCAGCUUUCGGCUCAUUAAUCCGAUCUCCUUCUUUGCUUGUAGAGAUUUGCUUGACAUCAAACGUGAAAGGACAAACCGUGUCCAGUUACUCCCAACACCACUUCAAAUACUGGUACCAGCUGGGACAUCCCUGUGCUGUUUGUACGGACGAUAAGGGCGUAUUUUGUACGGAGUUGUCUCAGGAAUACCAGCUGGCUGCGUCCACCUUCGGCCUGAGUCGCGGCGCCGUGUGGACGCUGUCGGAGCGAGCUGUAGAUUGCAUCUUUGCAGGAGAAGAUGUGAAGCAGCAGCUCAAACAGAAGUGGACUGAAAUACGACCCGGUCUGCUGAAGUUACCAGAGUCUAAGGAGAAUCUAUUAUAGAUCUGGGUUUAUUUUUCUUUUAAUAAAGUCCAAAAAUAAAACGGUUAAAUAUAAAAGAUGUUUAAUACAUUGA